AUGCACCUCCUUAGCUUCGUCAACUACACCCUCCUCCUCGCCUCUGCGACAUACGCCUCUGAGCUCAACGGAGCUUGCACAGGCGCAGGCGGCGCUCCAGGCGUGUGUGUUUCUACGUCCUCUUGCAGCAAGGCGGGCGGGAAAUCCAUCACCGGCGCGUGCCCCAACCUCGCGGAAGACAUCAAAUGUUGCACCAAGGCCGCCUGUGGAACUGACGGCGACUGCCGCUGGACCGAUUCUUGCACCGGCACGCCUGUCGCCAACCAGUGCCCUGGGCCCGCCGCUUUCAAAUGUUGCCAACCCGGUGGCGAUACCGGUGGCGAGGAUGGCUACCCUACCCCGGAGUAUCCCGCGGUGGGCGAUGCGACCGGGUCGUGCAAGCAGGUGACUGUUACUAGCGCCGAAAAAGUCAUCGAGGCGUUCCCGGGCAAGGUGCGAGAGCUCUUCUGCACCCGCGACUGCACGUGCCCUGGGACGAGCGAGCACUGCUGCGGGCGCGCCAUGGACUUCAUGUGCUCCGAUGGUGGCGGUGUCCGCACUGAGGCAGGCGAACCCAUCGCGGAAUGGGUCAUGGAGAACCACGCGUCGAUGAAUGUCAUGUAUGUCAUCUGGGGUCAGAAGAUCUGGAGUCCGUCUCGCGAUGAUCAGGGGCCGUGGUCGGGAUGGCGCGAUAUGGAGGACCGCGGAUCGGUUACUGCAAACCAUUGGGAUCAUGUCCAUGUUAGCUACAAUGAGUGA